GGGGGAGGGGGGAGGGGAGGGGGGAGGGGGGUUGGUGAAGUGGGAACGCGCGCGGCGGGAGCGGAGGCGAGGAUGGCCGCGGCCGCGGGGAGGAAGGUGGCGGUCGCCGCCGUGCAGUUCGCCUGCACCGACGUCGAGGCCGAGAACGUCGCCACCGCCGAGAGGUUGAUUAGGGAAGCGCACAAGAAAGGUGCGAAGAUUGUACUCGUUCAGGAAUUGUUUGAGGGGCACUAUUUCUGUCAAGCUCAAAGGAUGGAUUUCUUUCGUCGCGCUAAACCUUAUAAAGGCAACACAACUAUCAUAAGGAUGCAGCAGCUUGCAAAGGAGUUGGAAGUUGUGAUACCUGUCAGUUUUUUUGAAGAAGCAAACAAUGCCCAUUACAAUUCAGUGGCCAUCAUUGAUGCUGAUGGCACUGAUCUUGGCCUCUAUCGCAAAUCACACAUUCCAGAUGGACCAGGUUAUCAAGAGAAAUUUUAUUUCAACCCGGGUGACACUGGCUUUAAGGCUUUCAAAACCAAGUAUGCGACAAUUGGUGUUGGAAUCUGCUGGGAUCAGUGGUUCCCGGAGUGUGCAAGAGCAAUGACUCUUCAGGGGGCUGAAAUACUUUUCUACCCCACUGCAAUUGGAUCUGAACCGCAGGAUGGUAACCUGGACUCUCGUGAACAUUGGAAGCGUGUCAUGCAAGGCCAUGCUGGUGCCAAUUUGGUUCCUCUUGUUGCUUCUAACCGGAUAGGCAGAGAAACUGUUGAGACUGAGCAUGGCAAGAGCACUAUAACCUUCUACGGGAAUUCCUUCAUUGCAGGACCAACUGGAGAAAUCGUGAAGCUUGCUAACGACAAAGAUGAGGAAGUGCUGGUAGCAGAGUUUGACUUAGACGAGAUAAAGUCAACCAGGCAUGGUUGGGGGAUAUUCAGGGACCGCCGCCCUGAAUUAUAUAAAGUGCUAUUGACACUGGAUGGUGAGAAAUAAUCAUAAGCUCCACUUUAGCACGUGUAUCUAUCCUUGAAUAGGACCUGAGCUCCACAUUAUUGGGAAGGCACAGGCUCCCCGAGUGUUGCCACCACAUCGAUGGUAGAUUUUCCCUUCUUUCCCUGUCCAAAUAUGCUUUGCUUGCAUCCGUACAAGCCACCUGUGUGAUUCCUGAUAUUCUACAUUUUCACAUUUCAUGAAUAAAUAUUGUCAUGCAAUGCAACGCAAUGCUUUGGCUGAGGAAAAAAAAACUAUCAGAGAUUCAACUAA